CCUAUACGUCUCUCUCACUCUCUGUUGUUGCCUGUAUACUGUCAAGACUUUUUAUCCCUUAAUAGUCUCAUACCACAUCUAGGAAUGGAGAAUUCUAGAGGCGAUUUUAAUAUUAAAUUCUAUUUUGAUACGUGUGGUCUCCAUGCCUCAAAUUACAAGAUUUCAAAAUUUUUGUACUAUUAUGAUUAAAGUUUUGAAAUUACGAUAAAGAUACCUAUUUGCCUGCAUACCUAUAAUCUUGACCAAAAACAAUCUUAAAUUGCAAAUAUAUUGACCUUGACAAACAAGUUUUAUCAAAUAGCAGUUUAAAAUAAGAUUAUUUAGUAUCCGUUGAGAUGUUCAGUGCAUAGCAAGCCCCGAGUGAAUAUCUAAAAUGAAUAUUGGUGAAAGUCAAUUUGAGCUAUCAAAUAAAGAAAAUGAAGAUAGUGAAGAAAAAACGAAGAAAACAUUAACAUUUCGUGAAAAAAUAAACAAACUUUGUAAAUUCAUCACAGUGGAGCCAUUUUUAGCUAUAUAUUUUAUUAGCAACUCUUUGAGCUAUGUUGCUACGCAAAAAUUUAUUACAGAAAGAGAGUGCACGGUAGACUUAAAUUUUCCAAGCGAUAUUUGUUACAAAAUUGUUGAAGGAAUCGAUGAUAAUUCAACAUUUUCGAGAAAAGAUGAGGUAUCCUCAGCUAUUGGUGAUUUGUAUACAUGGAAGCAACCAUUGGAAAAAUUUUUACCAGCCAUAUUUGUGCUAAAUAUUGGAGCCUGGAGUGAUAGAACAGGAAAUAGAAAAGCGAUUAUUUUAGUCCCGAUUAUUGGGCAAGUUUUAUCAGGUGCUACGUACUUAUCAGGAAUUUUUCUCCCCAAUAUGCCGAUUUGGAUUAUUUCAUUAACUGAUUCUAUAGUUUUGACACUUACUGGUGGAUUUACAGUUUUGCUCUCAGGUGUUUACAGUUAUGUAGCUGAUGCCACUGAACCAGAGCAGCGUACGGUUAAAAUGGGUGCAAUUGGUGUUAUAUCAUCUGUGAGUUCAAUAAUAGGCCAACUAAUAGCUGGCCAAUUGACACAGUCUACGGGAUAUACAGUGCCCAUCAUCAUAUCACUAGUAUGUAGUAUACUUGGAGUUCUGUAUACGUAUUUAAAAAUACACGACAUCAAUUUGAAAAAAGAGGAAGGUACACUCUUCAAUAAAAUUGUGAAUUUCGUAAAUCCAAAAAACUUUUGGGAAUCGUUCUCAUUAUUGGUACUUUCAAGAGGACAGAAGCUUGCACAAAUUGUUAUGGUUUUGAUUGGAUACAUAGUAAUAUUGGGACCUCUUUACGGUUUGACUGCGACGGUCUAUAACUAUCUCCUAGAUCGUUAUUCUAUGAAUGAAGUUGAAUACACUCAGUUCGACUCCACUGUGCAAAUCAUAAACACUAUAGGUACAGCGAUAGGAGUCAAACUUUUCACAGAUACACUUAAAAUCCACGAUUGUCUGUUGGGAGUUAUUUCAACAGUGUGCAGGACCGCUAGCAAUUUCAUAUACGCUUUUGCUCCAAAUCAAAUAUGGCUUUACACAGGAGCAGUCUCUGACAUAUUUGGGAACAUCGGUGUGAUCGUUAUCCGAUCACUGAGUACCAAAAUUGUUGAUUCAGGAGAUAUUGGUAAGCUAUGUUCGAUCAUCGCCUUUGUGGACUCAUUGAUUGGUAUCACAGCCAUUCCCCUGUACACCCAGGUCUGGGUCAACUACAAAGAUCAGUUUGCAGGCGCCGCCUAUCUUAUGGGAUCUAUAUUAACAAUACCAAACUUCAUUAUAAUGCUCUUGCUAUUAUUCAUUGACAAGAAACAAAGACGGGAUGUCGUUUCUGAUCCUGCCUCUAAGGACAAGCAAGCGUAUGAUAAUGAAAUAACAUCGCUAUAAUCCGUAGAUACAACUAAAAAGUAACUUACUUACAAAUUUCGGGUUUGUAGCAUGAACAUUUCCUAAAACCAACCAUGGUUGACUAAGUGCCAUAUAGCAUAUAAACAAAUUAUUGGUUUUUGUAUUUGAUUACUUUGUUAGAAGCCAAAAUUUUAAAAAAUCUAUCAUCCACCAUUACAUGCACCAAAGCAUGCACCAUUAUUUUAAUUCUAGUUGUAAAUAUUACACAACAGAAGGCCUACCACGAAAUAUACAAACAUGUUCACGUUCCCGACGUCCUGAUGCGGUCUCUUUUUCACAUAUCAUGGACGACGUGUAAGAAAUGGGAACGUGAACGCAAAGACGUGGAUAUUAUAGAACACGUAGCACGUCAUUGCUUUUCAUGGUAGCCUCCCAGUGUCCCGGGGCCCGGGGCUAUUAGUAGGUAGGUAUGUAUGUAUUAUAGUAAUAGUACUAGUGUUUUAUACGUAGAAGCAAUUAGAUAGUUUAGUCAACUUUAAUUUGCAAUACAAUAAUUUGUAUUUUUUAUAGGAACAUUCUCACUAUUUUUUAUAGUGUUAAUGUUCCCAUAAAAAAUAUUGCGUAUAAUGACUGACGAGUGAUAUACUACUCCGAAUGAAAUACAAUAAAUUAAUUUGAAAAUUGUAAUUUUCAUAAAUUCAUUUUUUAUUCUUUCAUUCCACGCUGUUAAAAUAUUUAAAGGUGUUAUUAAAA